UUCAUGUAGAACCUGCGACAUGAGCAGCUGGAAUCAAUUGGUGCGCGCUUUGAAGCGUUCGCUGGGUGUGGGUCGUCAGCAAUUACAAGUGGCUGAGCGACAUGUGGUGCUGGUCACUGGCUGUGAUUCUGGUUUGGGGCACUCAAUGGCUGUGUAUUGCCACAAUAUGCUAAACAUGACGGUCGUCGGUUGCUGUCAUAAUCUGCAGUCUGCCGGCGCGAAGCGACUGCAGCAACUAGAUACAGUGCAGCCUGGACAACGCUCGCGUCUUUACACCUGGCAGCUGGAUCUACUCAGUGCAGAGUCUAUACAGCAAGUGCAUGCCCAGCUGCAGUUGCUCUUAGCCAGCCAUGAUUAUCAGCUUUGGGCACUGGUCAACAAUGCGGGCGUCAUGUGCUUUGGUGAAUUUGAAUGGCAGUUGCCAGCGCAGUUUGAGCUGCAGAUCAAUUGUAACCUGCUGGGCACUAUGCGUCUAACCCAUCAACUUAUGCCGCUGCUGCGACAACAUGCCGCCCGCAUCGUCAACAUUACCAGCCACUGUGGACUGUAUGCGCUGCCAGCGCUGGCGCCUUACGCUGCCUCCAAGGCAGCGUUGCGACUUUGGAACGAUGCGCUGCGCAUUGAGUUGCAACAAUAUGGUCUCGAGGUAGUGAACUUUGUGCCAGGUUCAUUUGUCAUGGACAGCAACAUAGCAGCUCGGCAGCAGCAGCAUGCUGAACAAAUGUUUCUAGCGUUCAGUGAGGAGCAGCGCCACUUCUAUGGCAAUUACUUCAAGCAAUUCAACGAGUAUCUAAGCAUACUUUCCGGUUUCAAGGAGCCCAAUAAGGUGCAGGAUGUAAGGCUGCUCGCUAAAUUCAAAGAUGCUCUUACCAGCACGCAGCCCUUAACUAUUUACAUACACGAGCCCUGGCGUUAUAAGCUCUAUCGUUGGCUCUUUGGCUUUUGUCCAACGCCCAUAGCAGAUUGGUUGGCUAUAAGGUUCUGUGCCAUGCCCAGUUAUGCCUCCGCACUAGGCAGUGAGAAGCGCAACUAA